GAGUAGUUCACAAGGACUUUGUCUUUGGGCAGACUAACACCUCUGUGGCAGAGGACAGUUUGCAGAUCAUGGGAAUAAUUGUCACUGAAUUAGUGAACAAUGAUCACAAAGUUUUGAACAUUGACGAAAGCAAUGAAAGUAGAGCUGAGCCUGACACAAGUUUCCUCAGUGCAAGUAUAGAAAUGAACAAGAAGAGUGAAUGUUUGAUACAUAUUGGCACAACACAUGCAAAGCAAACUCAUCCUACAGAGAAGGAAAGUCCAAUUAAAGUUGGUAUGAAUAUUCAUCAUGAGGAAACCACAGAGAAAAGUGUCACUCAGAAUGUGAGUGAGAAAAUGGCCUCUCCCCUGCAGCAGUGCUCUAAUAUCAAAGCAGGACCACAAAGCAAAGUACAAGUCAAAGGACCCAUGGCUGGGAAAGAUGUGAACCCCACACUCACUUUAUAUUCUAUAAAUAAAGCACCAGCCGAAACUGAACUCCUUCACUAUAAACAAGACACAACAGCAGCAGAAAUGGACGCAGGAUGCACACUUGAAACCUCUGACCCAGCAAAGAACUGCUACAAUAAGGAUAUUCAAACUGAAGAAAUUACUCCACAAUUAAAACAAGUUGCAGCCAAAGUAAUAAACUCAGGGCUCAACUACAUCCAGGAUUCCGACAAAGUUGUUGCCGAAAUUCAAUCUGUCACAUCAUUCCUGGAAGAGGAUGUGACACCUGCCAUAAAUCCAUCUAAAAACAGCAAGAUAGAGGAUAAGCAUGCACCCCUGCUGGAAGAAAAUAUAAAUGACAGUACCAUCCCCCAUUUAAUCAAGACUGAAAGCAUGAAUGCAUCUCCAGAACACAAAGAGACACACAUAGGAGAAAUGAAUCAGCUGGAAGAUGUUCAUAUAGACAACAUUUUCAUCAGAGUUGUACCAGCAGCAAUAGAGAUAGCCAGUGUGGAGAAACGUCAGAGCACAACAUGCUCUGAUGUGGCACUGGUUGCAUUUGAGGAACAUCAACAUGGCGCAACAUCUAGUGUUAGUGAAAACAUGAGCGCAGCAAUCAAAGAUCAUAAAGCUAAACAUCAUGCUUCAAAAAGCUGUGAGGAGCAGAAAAAUGAGAAGUUAGAAGGCAAAUUAAGUGUCCAAGAUGUUUUAGCUAGUGUAAGAAAAUUGGCUGACUCAAUGAAAAUCGUGGAUCCACACAACAGCAGAAAUACAGCAAGAGAAGACAGGGAGACCGACAUAGCACAUGGGACUACAAUAUCAAAUAUACAAGGCAGUGAGGGAGACUACUUCCAAGUUCAAGGGAUACCUGAAGAACCAUUUAGAAAUAAUAACACACAGAGAGAUGUCUCAGAUGUUUCAAAGGAAAUUGAACAUUCUGACCGACCGUCGGAUCAGAGUAAGUCAGAAUCUUCCACCAGCAGUGUUCAAGAUGAGAGCAAGAGAACACGCACAAGGGGUGUAAUAGAUAAGAACUCUUUGAAACAAACUGAUCGUCCCUCAGAAUUGCAGAACUGUGAAACGAUGGUGGCUGCCCAAACGGUGGAUGUGAGAAAACAGCAGUCAGAAUUUAGAUCGGGUUUAUCAGUAAGAGACAGACAUAACUCGAAAACUUCACAGCCAACAAGGGAGGAACCAGAAGUGAAAUCAAAACCAAAGGACAGAGUGUCUACGAUUCCUGAGAUAUCAGCCCUUGCAGACUAUGCCAGAUUAAAAGUCAUUGUUUCAGAAGAUAGAGAAAACACAAUUCAGGAAUUCCCUCCUCACAAAAAAGAAGGAUUCUUUCCACUGAUACGGUCUCGUCAUACCAGACGCCCUUUGUUCUUUGCUGACCCACAAGAGCACUCUAUGAAAGAGAGAAGUGUGGCAAAAAAGACAGAAGCCAACACCAAAGUCAACAAAGAGCCCAAACCUGUUGUGUUUCCUAUUACUGAGAAAGAGUAUCAGCGAACAGGUAUGUUCAAACUGGGAGAGAAAGAAAAACGAGAGAAAAACACUUUUGAUGUCAAAGACCAUGAGCGAGUUCUGGAAAAACAGAUACAAGAGUUCGCCCAAAGAAAAACAACCCAUAAAGUUCACGUUAAAAAUGAGGUACACAGAGAAGAGGUCCCUAAGAUUGGUCAACAAAUAGUGAGUCAACAAAGUAAUACUCUUAUGCAAGCAGCAAUGUCAUCUUCCUCAAUCAGUAAACCAAGAGAAAGCCCUCAGUCACAACAACAAAAACUCCUUGACACUCCAAAUCCAGAUAAACAAAUGUCAGGAUUGAUCACAAUUAAUAAUUUAGUGCUCAUGGAUAAAGACUCUUACACAAAACCCACCCUGGAGCCAGUUUACAAAGAUGGGACUUCGAAAAUUAGAAACGUUAUAAAGAAAGACACAACAGGCGAAACAAAAUCAGAAAAAUCAAGAAAAGAAAAGCUUGAGACUUAUCAAGAAGAGACAAAAGCCAAGCUAGAGGGGAGUGCAAAACAACAGCAAGAAGGAGCUUCCAAGAGAAAGGAAGAAACAAUUGCAGAUGACACGAAAGCUAUGAUAGAGGAGAGGAGAGCUUUCAUAUCAGAAGAGAGAAAACAUGCACAAAGAGAAGCAGCACGUUGGGAAAAACUCAAAGAAACAGCACAAAGAAUGGAGGAGGAAAGAAAGGCAAAACAAAUAGAGGGCAGGGGAACAAAUCAAGCAAAUGAUGAAAGAAGGAUUGAAAGGGAAGGAGAAAACAGACAAAAAGCCCAAGAGGAAAGGGGAGGAAGCGUAUCGGUUGGGGAGAGGAGGAGACUGGAACAGAGGCAGGGAGAGAGAACUGCUCAGGAGGAAGAAAGGAUAAGAGCUGUGCUCAUGGAGGAGCAACGUCGACCCAAGAGGACUGAGGAGAGACUUGCGGAGGAAACAAGGAUAAAAACGAUUCAAGAGAUUCAAGAUAACCCGAGAGAGAGCAGAGGAGAGAAAAGCAGAAAAGAGUCGAACAGAUGACACACAAGAAAAAAGAGACAAGUCGUGCUGCUGAAAAACAGAACAUUAGUGCAAAACUAAGAGAGGAGCAGCGAGCUAAAGGUGAGAGGGUGAGUGCACCUGAAGAGCUGAUAAGAGACGAUGUUGCAGCUAAGAGGGAAGAAGAACAUUUAAGAGCUCAAAGAGAGAAUGCAUCAACGAAGGAGGAGCAGAAACGAGCAGCACUGUUGAUGGAUGCUCUUCAGUACUACACCAUCACCUCUACAGAUGAGAAACCCAAAGAAAGGCAAGCACACACCCUGCUACCUAUCCAACAAAGAAACAAUCCAUCUUUGCAAAGUGAAGACUCUGGAUCACACAAAAGGUUACACAGGCCUCAAGCUCCACCAUCUCCUGCUCCUUCUCUUCCACGCUCCAAUACUUCCUCCCCUGCUCUUGGAGGCAAACCAUUGAUGUUCAGAGUAAAGGAUAACACUAAAGGUUCUUCUCUCACCAAAUCAGUUAAACCACGCUUUCAUAAGAACUUUGCAGAAGAGUCCAGAGUGGGUUCCCCGAUGGAACGGAGAGCAGAGAGAAAAAAGGAUGAACAGGAGAUAAUAAGGUGUAACACCGGAACUCCCAUCAAUCCUGACGUUGUCACAGGAUCAACCCGACUUGCUCCUAUUAACGAAUCCUGUAUCUCUCAGCCCGUAUCUACAACACAAGAGUAUUCAGCUGCUCUUGCACAUCACAGGUCCUUCUCCCGGAGAAGCAAUGCUCUGGAUGAUGAUGACUCUCGAUCGGUCAUCAGUAACAUGUCCGAGGAGGUACAGAGUUUUGCUACGAGUGCAGCUGACGUGGCAGAUUUGAGAGGGCUGUAUGAUUACGAGAGGCCGGUAUCAGCCUGUAGCUUCAGCAGUGAUAUGUCCCGGUUAGGAAAACCUCCAGCUGUUCCCCCAAAGAGUGACAAAGCCUUGCGCAGGGCACAAAGACUCACUACUCAUAGGAUAAGGAAACAGGUGACACAAAGUGCAGCAACCAACCCUGCAGAGACACCACAACAGGAAGCCUCCAGUAGGCCUGCUGCUGCCCCCACCGAGCUCCGGUGACACAGUACCAUGUAGAGACAAGCUAUCCCCAGUCCUAUCCACUGACCCAGCGCAAGGUAUUACAAGACCUUGGUUCUGGCCAAUAUUUUCUUGUAGAUGCACCUAUUGAGGUGAAAACGAAGACUUUC